UUUAAAAUCUGUUUUAUUAUACUUUAUAAGCCUACGAAUUAUUAAAAAAUUAUGAGACGACACUUUCUACCAGAAAAUAAGCUACGAAUGAUGGAUAAACGGAAUGAAGAUUCAAAUAGAAUAAAUCUCCCCGAAUUCAUUCCAUUAGAACGUCUUGAUGAUAAUGAUGAUGGAAAUAAACAUAAAAACCCAAGUCCGCAAAGCUCAGUCCAACGUCAUGAUUUGUCAACAAACUAUCAUAAUACAAGAAGCACUCAUAUUUCAACUCAUAAUUUUGUAAACAAUAAAAGACGCGAUUCACGAGAAUCUCAUGUUUCACACAAGUCAAAAGAAAGUCAUGAAAGCAAUCGCCAUUCUCAAAAUUCAAGACAUGAUAAUCAUUCAAUGAAACGCUCAAGAUCGCCUAGAAGAUAUGGCACAAGAUCUCCAGAAGUAAACUCUGCGAGGCCUCUUUCAACAACACGGGAGUCUUAUAAAGAAAUAGGCCAAAGAAAUGAUCAUUAUUGGGAAAGAACAACAAGUGAAAGAGUUCGACAAUCUUCUGUAUUUGACCGGAUGUCUUCUCCCCCAAAACCUAAAAGACGAUACGGCGAGUCAGGAAGCUCUCGUUCAAACGAGAUGAAUAUGGAUUAUGCGAAUGGGAAUUAUCUAUCGAUUCCAAGAACUGAACAAACUUAUUUUCAACGCGAAGAAGCUACCAACAACGACAUCAGGAAAUAUCAUAGUAUCAGUCCGAUUGAAAAUGUUAGGCCUUAUAACAGCGAUCCUGACCCUCUUAGAGUCAUUCCUCGUCCUUCAAUAACAUUGUCAACAAAUGAAUAUGAUGAACUACGAAGUUAUCGCGAUCGCUUAGCUGAAUUUCAAACGCAUUGUGAUGGUGUCGAAGCAACUGUUUACACUUAUAAGCGAGAAAUAGAGAAACUUAAACUAAUUCUUAAUGAUUUGGUUCAUGAUUACAAUACUCUUUAUCAUCAAGUUCAUAAUAAUAACCCCCAUCAACAUGAAUACCGCUAAUUUUUGAAUUUUCGGUUAAACUGAAUUCUGUUUCAAUUAUCCGAUUGUUUUGAUUCUACUCAAAAGUAGAAAAAUCCGAACAAAUCUACAACAAAAUAAGUAAAUAAAACUUAUGUUAUUAUUUUCAAUAUAAAAAUAUGAGUCUUUUAUAUAAUAUUGGUGAUUGGUUCACAUUGGGACAUGGAAAUACUUAUAGGAAAAUCGAACUUUAUCAAUUGGAGUUUCCUGAAAACAUAAAUUUAGAGCAUAUGAAUGUUUUUGCUGCUCCUUAUGGUGGACCCAUUGCUAUUACUAAAAACAUGAAACAAUUGACAAAAACAGGAUCUUCAUCAAAGCCUAUAAUUUAUAUAUUUACAUGUUCUGGUCAUCUUCUUUCUUCAAUCAAUUGGAAUUCUGGAGCAUUACUAACAUUAGGAUGGAGUGAUUCUGAAGAUUUACUUUGUAUACAAGAGGAUGGCGUCGUUCUUAUUUAUAAUAUUUUCGGUCAAUAUCAACAUAAAUUCAGCAUGGGACAAGAAGCAGCAGAUACAAAAGUGAUUGACGCUAAAAUUUUUGCAACUUAUCAAGCUACUGGAGUCGCUGUAAUGACAACACAUUUCCGUAUCUUUAUUGUCAAUAACUAUAAAGAUCCUAAAGUUAGAUUGCUGCCAGAAAUCCCAAAAUCUUCAUUAGAUCCUGCAAGUUGGGCAGUUAUCAUGGAAGAUCGAAGGACCACAUGCCUCAUCACUCGUGAACAAGAGAUUUUUAAAGUCAAACAAGACGAAAAUAUUUGCACAGCGAUGGGAAUUUCUUUGGAUUUUGAUUACAAAACCAUUCGCUUCAUAUCAGUGUCAUUCAAUAAUCGACACGUUGCGAUGUGUACAAACACAGGAAUUCUUUGGAUGGGAUCAUCUGAUUUGAGGACGAAAUAUUGUGAAUUUAAUACUGGAAGAACAGAAAUGCCAAAGCAAAUGGAAUGGUGCAUUGAUGCUGAUGAUCCUCUUAAAGCUGAAGCACUUGUAAUGUCUUAUCCUUCAAUACUCCUCAUUGUUGGUAUAAAUGGAGAUUCAAAUAUUUACACUUACGAUCCAGCAGUUUUUCUUAUUCCUGAAAUGGAUGGGGUAAGAGUUCUUACGAAUGGUUAUCAUGAACUCGUGCAAAAGGUUCCCAAAUGCGUCAGCAAUAUAUUUGGAAUAAGCAUUUCAGAACCAUCCAGUUUUCUGUUCGAAAGUCAUCGAAAGUUUAGUGAACGUUCUCAUCAAUCUGAUGAGUAUUUAUGCUUGAUUUUCGAUAAGAUUGAUGUAGCAGUUAGUGAAUGUAUUGAAGCAGCGAGCUUUGAGUUUGAUACUGAAACACAGAAAAGUUUAAUGAGAGCAGCACAGUUUGGAAAAGGCUUUAUCAAAGGUCAUAAUCCAGAUGAAUAUAUUCAAGUUUGUCGUAAUCUUCGAGUUUUGAAUGCGUUGAGAGAGAAAGAUAUUGGAAUUCCUUUAACAUACUAUCAACUUCGUCAUCUAACUCCCACUGUAGUCCUUGAUCGUCUCGUAUUUCGAAAACAUUAUGGACUCGCAAUACAAAUUGCAAAGCAUUUAAAUUUAUCAGAGUCGAGGAUUCUAUUACACUGGGCGUAUCAUAAGAUAAUGUUUGAAAAAAAUGACCUUGAAAUUAUUCAAAAGUUUGUUCAAAAGUUUAAAGAUCCAACAUCACUUGGAAUAUCGUUUUGUGCAAUUGCAAAAAAAGCUGAAGAAGUGGGAAAAACUGACUUAGCCAUUCAGUUACUUGAACUUGAACCUAAUUGUAGUCUGCAAGUGCCACUUCUACUAAAGCUUAAUGAAAACAAAAAGGCCUUGCUUGCAGCAACGCAAUCAGGUGACACGAAUCUUAUUUACAUGGUGUUGAUGCAUCUGAAAGUUUCAACGCCUCUUUCAAAGUUCCAAAUGAUCAUUAGAGACUUUCCACUUGCUCAGAACCUUUAUAAAAAGUAUUGUCAGUUAAAUAAUGUGAAAGCGUUGAAGGAUAUUUAUAUGCAAGAAGAUGAUUUCCUUGCACAAGCUGAGAUGUCUUUAGAAGAAGCAUUAGACAGCUAUAUAAAAUUGGAUUCAUCACUCAUUGAGAUCUCUAACAACUUUAAGAAAGGUCAUAAAGAUGUCGAAGCAGAAUUAAGUGAAGAUCAUCGAAAGUUGAUGAAACAACAAAAAGUUUUGGAAGAAAAAUAUGCACGAGCCUUUUAUGGACUGUCAUUACAUGAUACAAUCAGAGAAUUGCUUGUACUUGGUGAUGUAAAAUUAGCUGAAAAAAUAAAAAAUGAUAUCAAAAUGAGUGACAAGCACUUUUGGUAUCUUCGAAUAGAAGUUUUAGGAUCAAAUUAUCAGUGGGAUGAACUUGAAAAAUUCUCAAAAUCAAAAAAAUCACCAAUAGGAUUUGAGCCUUUUGUGGAAGUCUGUUUGAAGGGCCGACAACUCACUGAAGCUAAAAAAUACAUAAACAAAUGCCGUGAUGAUAGAAAAAUUAUUUGGUAUAAUCGAGCUGGUCUCUACGAAGAGUCAGCAAAAUUAGCUUUCGAACUACGAGAUAUCGACUCUCUACGUAACAUACACAAUGCAGCAUCAACGACAAACAAUCGAGAGCUGAUAACAAAAAUAGAGAAUUUUAUCGCAGCAAUGUCGGGAAAGAAAUGAAUCACGAAGAGAAGACAGGCGGAUUGUGCGAGCGCAUGACAUCAUUCCUUUUCAUGUAUAUGUACACAUAUACACUUUUUUUUCUAUUAUUGAAAUUGUGUAACCUUUCAUACUUGUUGUGAAUGAAAAAGUAUCUAAAUAUAUGAGUAAACAAAUGAUAAUUUACCAAAUAAUAAAAUAUUCCUAAUAGCUGAAUGUAAUUUCACC